UCAGACGUUGCUCUUUCGGAUGACGUGAACCACACGCAUUAGAGAGAGUUCCAGUACCGUAGGAGCAGUUUGUCUCUCACAACAUUGGCCCGUUGAAACACCGUCACUCUGUUCUUUUUUGCCUUUGCUCUGGGUCCUACUAGAACCUUCCAAUUCCUCAAAUUAGGGUUUAUCUAGGGUUUAAUUACACAUCCCAAUUCCUAAAACCAUAAUCCCCUUCCAAAGCUUCGUAGCUUCUCAUUCACAACACUCAAAUGGUUCGCUCCUAUGGCGUCACCCUCUUUAAUCGCCUUGCACGUCGAUCUCUCUGUGACGCCAACGACUGCGUAUAUCAAGCUGUGUUCCAAAGGGGUUAUAGGACAUUGAAUUCAACGCCUGGCAAUCCAUCCAGAGUUAUUGAUAGUUGUGCACUGAAUGAUAGCGUUAAUUUGAAGAAAUGGUUGCUAUUGGGAGCGGCUAAUACAUAUUGGGGGUCAUCUAGAUCAAUUCAUGGCUCGGCAUCGUUGGCAAGAGACUAUUAUGAUGUUCUUGGUGUGAGUAAGAAUGCAAGUUCUGCUGAAAUAAAGAAAGCUUACUAUGGGCUUGCAAAACAGCUCCAUCCAGAUACAAACAAAGAUGAUCCUGAGGCUGAAAAGAAGUUUCAAGAAGUUUCAAUUGCAUACGAGGUUUUGAAGGAUGAGGAAAGGCGUCAACAGUAUGAUCAGAUUGGCCAUGAUGCCUAUGUAAACCAACAAAGCACUGGUUUUGGAGGUGAGGGUGGCUUCAAUCCUUUCGAGCAGAUAUUCCGUGAUCAUGAUUUUGUCAAAAGCUUCUUUCAUCAGAAUAUUGGUGGAGAGGAUGUGAAGACUUUCAUUGAACUAUCUUUUAUGGAAGCUGUCCAAGGAUGCACCAAAAAUUUGACAUUUCAAACAGAUGUGCUUUGCAAUAGUUGUGGUGGGAGUGGUGUUCCUCCUGGUACAAGACCUGAAACUUGUAAGCGAUGUAAAGGGUCAGGCGUGAUAUUUGUACAAGCCGGCAUAUUCAGAAUGGAGAGUACUUGUGGUACCUGUAAGGGAACUGGAAAAAUUGUAUCGAAUUACUGCAAGUCUUGCAGGGGUGCAAAGGUUAUCAGAGGGACAAAGUCAGUCAAGUUGGAUAUUAUGCCUGGGAUAGACAGCAAUGAGACAAUAAAGGUUUAUAGAAGUGGGGGAGCAGAUCCUGAUGGAGAUCAUCCUGGUGAUCUUUAUGUUACUGUCAAGGUUAGAGAAGAUCCUGUUUUUCGCAGAGAAGGAUCCAAUAUUCAUGUAGAUGCUGUUUUAAGUAUCACUCAGGCAAUUUUGGGGGGAACCAUUCAAGUGCCGACUCUUUCUGGAGAUGUUGUUUUAAAGGUUCGCCCGGGCACCCAACCUGGUCAGAAAGUGGUUUUGAAAAAGAAAGGGAUCAAGACAAAAAAUUCUUACACAUUUGGGGAUCAAUAUGUUCAUUUUAAUGUCAACAUCCCAACAAAUCUGACGCAGAGACAGCGUGAAUUGAUUGAAGAGUUUGCCAAGGAAGAGCAAGAGGAAUUUGAUAAACGGAGUGCUGCUUCUGCUUCCGGUUGAGCACAUUUUCAGAAUCUCCAUAUUUAUUUACCAAGUCAUGCUCAACUCGGUGGCAACCUACCCGCUGUUAAAGUUUUGUAGGAGCAUUAAUAUAUAUUUCUUCCUUCCUUUGCCCCAUCCAUUUAGAGUGUAUGUAAUGUUUUUGGUCACAAGUGAUAUUCACAAUUCAAAUUUUAAAGGUUAGACUUUUAGAAGGCAAUCUCCUCAUGCUUAUGCAUCCUUAGAAUUCUAGUCAAUAUUGUACAUAUUUUCAUUUUAACACAAGAUGUGAAAGUUACAAGGGAACCUUGUUUCUCCUCGAAGGUGAACGAGUACCAGACGAUUUUUUGUAUCAAUACUGAAGGAUCACCCCUAAUUUAAUAGAAAUACGUAUUAUAGUUU